CUGUCAAAAAUGAUACAGUGUGAUAGGUAAACAGACGUGUUUUCUGUUGCGAAAAACUUUUAAAAUUCGUUUAAAAUGGCUAAGUGGUGGAAUUGGAUUUUAGUUUUAGCUUUAGUAUGCUUAUUAUUUGUGGCUAUACCUCUCACAUACCCUGGUACCAAAACUAAAGAGGAGUUACGACCAAUGUUCGAUAAUUACAUCGAUAAAUUCAAUAAAUCAUAUAAAAAUAAUCCCGCGGAAUAUGAAACCAGAUUAGGGCACUUUGUGGCAUCAGUAUACGAAAUAGACAGACUAAACAGGAUAUCAAGAGGUCCAGAACAACACAGAGCCAAAUUUGACUUAACACCACUCUCUGAUAUGUCAAAAACAGAAUUUAUUGACAUACACUUAUCAGAUGAAAAACCUCAUAAACGGAAGAACAAUUUGGGCAAAAGUUGGAGCAAAGGCCGAGAUAAAUUUAAACCUAAACCAAUGUUUGACAGUGAUGAUUUAAUGACGGAUGAGGAUGAGAAAAUGAUGGAUGAUGAUAAGCCAGUGGUGGAUCAGCCAAUGUCAGAUGAUGAAGCUGAUAUUGACGUGAAGAGCUCGCAUCACAACAUAUACAUUAUUAUCAAGAGAAGGAGAAGAGCGGCUUUGCCUUUGAAGGUUGAUUGGCGAGAGAAGGGUGUAAUAGGACCAGUGCGGGACCAGGGCCUGUGCGGAGCCUGUUGGGCUUUCAGCACCAUUGGGGUCAUGGAGGCCAUGGCUGCCAUCAACACGGGCAAAUUCAGCAGCCUCAGCGUUCAGGAGGCAAUAGACUGUGCCGGUCUCGGCAACGGUGGUUGCGCUGGUGGCGACAUCUGCCUGUUGCUGGACUGGCUGCUACUGACCGACACGGCGGUGCAGCCGGACACCGAGUACCCUCUGCGGCUGAUGAACGGCGUCUGCCAGAAGAAGAGCAACGCGACUGGCGUGCGUGUGCAGAAGUUCACGUGCGAUGAUCUAGUGGGAUCAGAAGAGAAGAUCAUAGAGUCCAUAGCCACACACGGGCCAGUCACAGUAGCUGUCAACGCGUUGACAUGGCAGAACUAUCUCGGUGGAGUCAUACAGUAUCACUGCAGUGGCAGUCCUAAGGAGCUAAACCACGCAGUACAAUUGGUUGGUUAUGACUUAACAGCCGAAGUGCCAUACUACAUCGCAAAGAAUUCGUGGGGGAAGAACUUUGGCAUCGACGGAUAUAUACAGUUGGCAAUUGGUUGCAAUAUUUGUGGGCUAGCCAAUGAAGUUGCUUCAGUGGACAUUAAGCCUUAGUAUGUAUCACCGUGUGCCGUUCAGCGAUUGCGUUUCUGACAGGUAGUAAUCGAAUGGGACAAACAUACUUAAAUUGCCUUGUUAUUUGGUCUCAUCACUAAAAAGACAAACAGUUGGCAUAACCUUGAUACAAUGCAGUUCAACAACCUUAUACGCCAGUUUGAAUUUACAUUAUUCAAUAUUAGCCUCAUAUUGUUUCUCGCUACCUAGAAUUUGAACGAUGAGUAGUUCUACUACUAUUUGCAAAAAUAAAACAUUCCUUGAUUUUAUGACUGGAUAGUAGCGUAGACAUUAACCAGAUAUAGAACAUUCCAAUUAUUGAUUUAUUAAGAUCUAUGGACAAAAUAACGUUUAUUUUUGUCUUAUUAGAUAUCAAUAUAUAAAUCUUUUCCUUUGUUUAAUUUUAAAGACACUGGUAUAUAUGUUUUUAAAUAUAUGAUAAUUUUUGUAUUAUAACGUUUACUCGAAGUUAUGUUGUGGUAUCGGCAGCUUUGGCAUGUAUUUGUAGUGUGCCAGUCAGUGUAAAGAUGAUUUUUCGUUUUAAAAACGGCUCUCUGAAAGUAGAAUUAAGUUUAAUUAAGAGUUGAAAAAAUUAAGACAGUUAUUGGUAAGUCCACUGUGGCAUGCUUGUAAAUGUUAUAUUAUUUUUUAUGUAUGCCAGUCAGCGUAUAGUUGAUUUUACGUUUAAUUAAGGCUCUCUAAAAGUAGAAUUAAUACUCGUAAUAAGAAGAAAGGUCAUUGGCAAGUCCAUUGUGGCACUGGCAUGCCUAUAAAUACUGUGGAAUAUUUUUAUAUGUGCCAGUCAAUAUUACGUAGUAAAGUGUUCACGGAAAAAAAAAGAUCAGUUUCUAGUAUGUCUUGGCUUGCUUGUUUACGUGUCUUUUUACACGAUUUAUAUUAGCUUCACUUGUAACUAUGUAUGUAAGAAAAUCUUGGAAUCUUAAUUUGACCCACUUACCGGUCUUCGUGUAGGAUGAAAUUUUGCACACGCUCUGAGUUCUGAUGACAAUACAUGACUAGCUUAAAAACGUCAUUACAAAUCCAAUAUGGCGGCCUCCCCAAGAUGGCGGACUGGCUGUUUGAAAUCCACCCCAAUGAUAUGGAUAUCAAAUUAAAGGGUUUGCUGUCUUGACUUAAAUCCAAUAUUUUUAACUUUUAGUGCGUGCUAAAAACCUGUUUUUUAGUUUUUAAAUUAAACGAUUUUUUUCUAAACGCCAAUAAGUUUUUCGAAUUCGAUUUUAAACUAAAAAAAACUAAACUUUAAAGCUCUUUAACGAUAGCUUUAAGGUGUUGCCAUGAUUUUUAUGCAUUUUUUCCCAUGCCAGUAUAAACUUUUUUAAAUCAAAUUUUGUAUUUAUACUAAUACUGAAUGGGCCAAAUGAAACACGGACUGAAUUUAUUGAUGAAUUAUAAGAAAAAAUCGUCAGUUUUGUCAUAAUGUUUGUUGUUUAUUGGAAAUAACUUAAGAUUGUGUUGUUUAUAAGUAAAGUUCCGUCCUUUUUACUUUCUUUUAUUUUUUGGAAGAAAGAUUUACAUAAAUCUAUUUGUUGACUGAAAUUUAUACAAUUAUAUACAAAUUACUCGAAAUUUUAAUAAUUUUCUAAGAUCCGACUUAGAAAUGACCUUCACCUAUCUGAUUAUUGGAUGAUGAGUUUUUUAUAUCAAACUAGCAGACGUUUAGCGGUUUUACCCGCGUAUUUCCCGUUCCAGUGGGAAUACUGGUAAAAAAUCAAGAAGUCAGUUUCCUAAUUCUUUGACGUAUGCUAGUUGACAUAUUCGAAAUUGAGAUUAAACGUAUGUAACAAAUGUCAUCCAGUGAUGACAUUUCUCAAAUUGGUUUGAUGUUUAUUUUUAUAGUUUGAUAAUAAAGACCAAAAUAGUGAAUAGGUUAGUUCGGCAUCUUUAAGAAGAAAGUGAAUAGGCAUCACCAGGUGUUCAGCCUUCAGCCACAUCUACACUUACCAUCAGGUGAAAUCAUGGUCAAGGGGGAGCUUAUUUUAUAUAAAAAAAAUAUCGCCGUUACUACUUUAUAUAUUAUGAUCAUCAAGGAUAACGGUGAAAGAAUUCAAACAAGCAAUCAAAUUUUUAUACUCGUAAUAUUAGCAUUGAUAAUAAUAAUUGUUAAUAAUUAAUGGUACUUUAGCCAGGAAUUUACAUCCAACAAACAGAUAGGUGAAGGUAGUUUCUAAUUCGGAUUUUUUACUGUUAUUAAAUAAACAAGUGCCUCGAAUGUAUGGAUAAGCAAUAAUUAAUAUUAAUCUAUAAUAAGUACAUAAUAUUGUCAUUGUUUAUAUAGAGUUAGGGCGAAUUGACAUGAUUUAUAUAAGAAAAAAAUCACUUUUUAAUUAAUUAAAAUAUGAUAUAUACUCCUAUUUGAACAUAUUGUUAAUUAUUCAAAUUUCAGAUUAUUAGGUUUCUACUUUUUAAUAGUUUAUUAUUUGUACUAGUUUUGUUGUUUGCUUGGUUGUAGUUAAGUUGUCUUGCCAUAAUUGUUGUAACUUGUUCAAGUGACUUUACUGUAGUUCCGUUAUUGAAUUAUUUCGUCACAACACUCCAUAGAUUUACUAAAUAAUAUUUUAAAUUAAAAUAUAAACACUGUUUUAAUAUAUUUUAAGAUUUUCCCUACGAGAUUUUUUUGUAGUAAUAAAAAAAUUUAAUUGAAUAUGGUUGUAGGGUUAUAAUGUGCCUUAGAAACAUUAGUCUUUAUUUCUUUUUUUAAAUAAAGUAAAUAAGCCAUGUCAUUUUUAUACGAAUAAACGAUUUUUUGUACUUUU